AUGACAGACAAGUUUUCGUUGUCGGUUGAGUACAUGCCCGAUUACUCAAUUUCUUCCUAUGCUAAUAAAGCUGGAAUAGAAGAGCAGGGAAUUCUUUAUACAGACAAUUCGUUCGAUUGUCUCAAGACAAGUACACCUACGGCCUGCCCAGUAGUAUCGUCUCAGUACCAGCGUACAACUAUGUCUAACAGCCGUAGCUCCCCACAUUCAUUGACAUAUCCCUCAGAUGGCAGUCCAGAAACACCUCUUUCAUUUCUGACUUCUUGCUGCACCUCGCCAACACCUGCUCCACUUACGAUGGUGCUGUCCAACUCAACAUCCACAUCCACAGCCACAGCCACAGCUACAACCGUAGCAUCAGGACCAGGACAAGGACAAGGACCAGCAGCCAUAACAUCAGCCUCGAUAUCAGCCUCAAAUUCUACUUCUACCUCUAUUUUUUCCAACUCGUCCUCUUCCUCCACAUCAUCAUCGUCUUCUUCAUCGUCUUCUUCGUCUUUGCCUCUUUGUUUCUCGUCACAGCUGUUGCCUUGCUCACCCACCUCAAAUGCAUCUCCGUCACCGCAUGCUCAUGCUCACCGACCUUCGUUUUCUCUGGUAGAGACCUCUCUGAGCUUACCAAAUUCAUUUUUUCCGGAGUUCUUCCAGUACUCCAAAGAAACGUACGAACAGUCGACAGGGUUUAGUCGCAAGAAGCGCCGCUGUAUUCCUUCUAACUCCCCCUCUCAGCUCGUACUGGAAAUGACAAAUAACGAGUGGGAUUUUCAAGAGAACAAAUCCACUGGUCACAAUACUGAGACCCCAAGUACGUGUGCAAUAUCGAAUGCUGAGCUCAGGCGGCAGAUCCACAUACAGUCAGAGCAGAAGAGACGAGCACAGAUUAAAGACGGAUUUGAAGAUCUUCGUAAUGAACUACCGGCGUGUGUUAACAAGAAGAUGAGCAAGGUGGCUCUCCUGCAUCGCACUGUUCAACACAUUCAACAUUUGAAAAGUAUGCAAAUGGCAAUACUGGCAGAACUGGAGAGUCUGAUGGCAGAAAAUGAACAGCUAAGAAAGUUUCGUGAGAGCAUGCUCCAGAAACAAGCAUUGGAAAAGAUGUAUCAAAUCAAUACGCUUUGA